CGUCAGCUGAGAGCAGACGACACGUCAUGACUAGAACAUUACGUCACCGCGAACCCAAACAAGACCAGCAUGAGGAGGACCUGUGCUUAGUGUUUUCGAGAUAGAAUAAUGUAAAGAUGUCUAAGGAUCUACAAAGCAACCCAUUUGCUGCGCUGUUCAGCACUUUAAAAGAGGCUGAGCAGUUUCAGGCAGAACACCAGAAGCAGCAUGAUGAUAAUGACGAUGAGUCACAAUCUGCGCUUCAGCAGUCUGGGGAAAGAGAAGAGCCUCCAAGAACUAGUCCAGUUGAUGGUGAUGUUGUAACAUCCUUCCUGGAGAGUCUCCUCCUAGUUACAACAAGGGAAGGACCCCAUUCCCGUCCUCUUGUCCUACUGCCUGAUGCUGGAAACCUAGACCCAGAAUCCCUCCAGUUUGUCAUGUUUGAGAGACUUCUGCUGGAAUCCCCAGAUGCCUGCUUAGUUGGCGAUGGAAACAGAGGGAGGGAAGAGGCUGCAAGGUCUGAAGUUGUGGUAUAUCUCUGUGAGGUGUACUGUAGGUGCUGGGCAGUCCGUAGUAGUCCACAUUUCCAUUUGGCUCAACAGGUACAAGCUGCAGUUAUUACAAACCUGGCCACAGCCUUAGAACAGCCUGAGUUGUAUGGAGGACAGCAGCCUGAUCGCCAAUUAAUUGAUAUCCUGCUGAGAGGCUUGGGUCGAGAGGCCGCUGUCGAGGACUUAACUCAGAAACUACUCAAUCACCUUGCUGAUCAGGGAACUCCUGUGCCUCCAUUGUUUGACGAGGUUAUAGUUAAUAUCACAAAAAAACUAAUGCAUUGUUCACUCAUGACAGUUGACUAUCAGCUUGUGGAUGUUUUGGACUUUUAUGCUUCAUGUCCUUACAUAGCAGAAAUUCUCACCAAAACCCCAGACAAAGUAACACAAGACCGUUCUGGCCGAGGAUAUCAAAACACACCCCUAGGGGCUCUCCUGUCUAUAUCCUGCCUCCCCAAGCAUCCUGCUGGACAGUUUGAAUUUUUUGAGAAGCCAUCCUCGCAACCCAACCACACCCACAAAGACACGGAGAACAGCAUAUGGAUAGCACAGAACACAAUUAAUGCCAGGCUUCAUAAGAUAUUCUAUUCCCUUUUGAAGGUAUCACCCAGAGCAAAAGAUGGCCUCUUAACCUGGGUAGAGUCAUGCUUGGAAUCAAACAGUGGUCGUGCUGGAUUGUGGCAUGUACAAGGAGGAAACCCUCUAGCAGCUGCUGUGUAUGUGUCUGAUGGCUUUAUGGUCAAUCUGGGAGUGGUGAUGCUGCAGUUAGCACAGCCAUUCACUCAAGACCUCAAUACUGCAAAGUUCUUAAAGAUUGACCCAACCUACUGUUCAGCCCCAAGAAUGAAUAAUGAGAAUGGUGUAGUAGGUGCAUACACUGGAGAUUUAGGGCGACAGACCACGCUCAUCCCGCAGCAAGAAGACAAGCCACCAUUAUACCCUAAGCAAUAUUCGUUCAUCAGUUCUUGCUUCUUCCUAACUCAUCGAGCUCUCCACCUUGGGGUUCAGGUGGUGCAACAGAAGCUUCAUAAGCUGUCUCAGGAACUAGGACGGAUGCAGCAUGAGUUGCAAGAAGCUUCUGCUCAAGGUUCACCAGCAACAGAGAUGAUGCGCUCUCACAUGGAAACACGCACCACAAAUCUCCUUUCCUUUAAGGCUGCAAUAUUUGAACCUGUAAUGGUAGAAAAUUUAUUGCAAUUCUUAGCAGCCACUGCAGAAUGGCUGGUACAAAUUGCUCUUACUCCACAAAAUCAACCUACUCUACCUACCAGCUUAAGAGAAGUAAAAGCUCCACUACCAGAGGAAGUGGAAAACCAUGUCUAUCUUGCUUGUAUUCCAGAAUUUUUGGUUGAGACGCUGACAGAGACAAUCAGUGCUGUGAGACGAUAUAGUGCCCAAGUUUUUGAGAGCAGUACUGGUACUCAAGUGCUGCCACAUCUAAUGUCUUUUAUAAUUGUCUUCAUGGGUUCCCCGCAUCGCAUGAACAACCCACAUUUGCGUGCACAUUUGGCAGAGUGUUUGGAGACACUUUUGCCAGAGAGUACUAAUACUGGAGGACUGUUGGCUGGUUACAGAGAACAGCUAUUUACUGCCCACCCAGCAGCCUCACAUCUUGUAACAGCUCUCAUACAUGUGUUUGUUAGUAUUGAAAUGACGGGACAGAGUGUCUCAUUUGAGGAUAAAUUUAACUACAGAAGACCUAUGUAUGAGGUCAUGAAGUAUCUUUGGGAAUCCCCCAAACACCGAAAGAGCUUCACUCAUUUGGCAGAUGAAGCCCUUGCCAACAUGGAAGCAGCCAAGCCACCCCUUUUCUUACGUUUUGUUAACUUGUUAAUGAAUGAUGCCAUCUUCUUAUUGGACGAGGGUCUGUCUUACAUGUCGCAGCUGAGAGAGAGUCAGAUGGAAAGAGACAAAGGUGACUGGGCAUCCCUCCCCACAGAGCAACGUGCAGAGCGUGAACGCAACAUGCAGCACAUGAUGCUGCUUGCUCGCUUCCACAACAUGUUAGGCGGUCACACUAUAAAAACUCUGAUCAGGCUUACCAGAGAGAUUCCGCAAAUGUUCACCCAUUCCACUUUAGUUGACCGUAUGGCCGCUAUGCUUAACUACUUUCUAUCCACUCUUGUUGGGCCCAAGCAAAGAAAUCUAAAGGUCCGUGAUAUGGAGAAAUAUGAGUUCCGCCCAGGAGAGAUAGUCACAGACAUCUGUACUAUUUACACACAUCUGUAUUCCGAUGCUGCAUUUUGUUUAGCUGUAUCUGCUGAUGGGAGGUCAUAUUCACCAAAGUUAUUCUCACAAGCACAGGAUGUGUUAUGUCGCAUUGGUCGUAGGGGUCUAGCUGAGGAGCUACAGACUGUGGCAGAGAAGGUAGAAGAGGCUGGACAAGUACAGGCAGAAGAGGAUGACAUAGUGGCUGAUGCUCCAGAAGAAUUCCUAGACCCUAUCAUGUCUCAUCUCAUGACUGACCCUGUCAUCCUUCCAUCAUCAAAGCUAACCUGUGAUCGCCAGACCAUCGCGCGACAUCUGCUUUCUGACCAAACAGAUCCUUUUAAUAGACAACCUCUGACCAUGGAAGAAGUUCAGCCAAACACUGAACUUAAAACCAGAAUUGUUACUUGGCUUGAAGAAAUGCGAUCCAAGAGGAGAAAUAUUCAGAAGGAAAAGGAAUCCAAAGAAUCUUGAAAUACAAAAAGAGAUUAGUGGACUGCAGAUCGAACAGAUUUAAGAUACAAGGUAGAUACAAGGGUACCUGAUUAUGCAAAUUACAUUAUGAAUUUCAGCAAAACUUUUAUAUGCAGUAAUAAUGAAUGCAUUGCAAGACUUGAGAAUCAGUGUUCAGCAGGCCAAAAGAAAAUUAUGCACAUUACAGUAAAUUUUAACAUAUGAUACAAAUUGGUACCUCUAACUGCAAUGUCAAAUACAAGUCCCAGUGUAAUGAAAAAUACUGUUAUUUUAUUGUGUGCAACCAAAUUCUGUACAGUAAUAAGAAAUAGGAGAGGUGAAUGUAUAUUAAGGGCAAUUGCAAGAUGUAACUAUUAGAUAAACAAUGAAAAUACCAUAGAAAAAAGGAACUGAUCUUCUCAUUCAAUAUUGUUGUCCUGAAUUGCAAUUAACAUUUCAAAGCGACUUUUUUUUCAUUUACUUGUAUAUACAUGUGUGCAUAUACAUUAUUUUUGUUUCUUCUGUAUUUAAGUUUUAAAAAAGUUUGAUGUAUAUUACUCAUGAAAGUAUAGUGGCAUGACCUUACUUUGUGUACUUCUACGAAUGAAGAAUUUUGUUGUUUUUUAUAUUGGAAACUAACCUGCAUAUUUGAUAUAUAUUAUAAUCCCUGUUAUCCACAUUUUUCUUGCAAAAGUGCACAAGUCAACAUCUUUAUAUUUUUUUUAUAUAAUAUCAUAAUAUAAAUUGUAUAGGAAUCAUACUGAGUUUGUUUCAUUGUGUUAAUUUCAAUAAAUUCAAUGUAAUAUAAAUGCAAUCUUUUGUUCCUUCUUCAGGUUUGUUUAUGUUUUAUUUUGGCUUUAAAGGUAAAGUGUUUUUUAUUUGCAUUACAUUCAGAUUGACGUCUUUCCUUCUAUGUGGAACAUUGGAAAAUCACUAUGGUAUUUGAGAGCAAAUCCGUAUUUUAUGAAAGAAAGAGACUAUGCAAAUUUUGUUAAAUACUAUUUACUAUUUAGAUAAUAAAAAUUGUGUAUCAUAGUCCAUUGAAGUUAUUAUGUAACAGAAUUUAAUUUUGACCAUAUAAAGUGCUGAAAAGUAAUAUAUUGCAGUAAUGACUUAAUGUACCUUUUGCUUUUGGUAUUUAGGUAUUAGUUUGGCAUGAACUCAUAAGAAUUGGGUACCAAUUGUCUUUGGUAUGAGCUUUAUUGUACUUGGAUUCACUGGAAUUCCAAUGAAAUUUAUAGUUCUAUAUAAUAAUAAAAAUGUUAUGUAAGCUGGAUUAUAUUUAAAAGUAUGGUAAUAAAGCAUCCACUUUUCCUUUCACAAGACUAACAGCCACAUUCAAAGUUGCACACUCCACUUCCACACUAGAUGCAGGCUCACAGUGCAGAUGUGGCUUGCCUCCAGUAAGUUGACAACUCAGGGGCUGCCAAUUUUGAAAAAAGUGCACUUUUGUUGACAAUUGGUUAUUCAUGGACUUUUAGGCAAUCAAAAUUUUGCAACAGUUCUUCUCUUUGAGGAAGAUAACAUUAGUUUCUAAAAGACCUUACAGACUCAGCAAGAUUUUUCAAAUGACUAUGAAAGUUACUUUCCCUAAUACAUGUACCAAGUUAAAAUCUUUAAAUACAUACUCCUGUUCAAACUGAGUGAUUCCCUGAUAUAUUUGCAAGGAAUUUAUUUCAGAUUUAUAGCUGGAAAUAAUUCUAGUGGCCAAAGCUUUUUGUGAAAUUAUUCAAUAAAAUUUAACCCAUUGGUGUUGGGUAUAUGUCUACAAGUUUUUGUUUUGGGAAAUUUGUCGACUCCUCAGUUGCUCAGCCAGCAAGGAGUGCCUCUAUAGGACCUACAUGUUUGCAUUUGAUUACCCAUUCUUUGAAUUUUUAGGAUUUUUUUUCUGUUAUAUUACAUCAUUAAUAUUAUUAUGAUAUAUGAUGUUUUCACCAGUACUAUUAGAAUCUUAUAAUCAAGACAAAGGAUAAACAUGUGAAAGAGGACUAGUAACUGAUGUCUUAGUGACUAAGCACUUGUGUAGCCAUGUUGUGUAAACAAAAUGAAUAAACCAAAAUCACAGUGGACAUGGCAUGUAUGUACAUGCCACUUCAGCACCAGUGGGUUAACCAUUCAUUGAAGUAAUUAACUAGAAAUCUGAGUUUGCAGUUGAUUUGUCAAAAUUCAACUCUAUGAAUAUUUAUUCACACUUAAGAUAUUGCAAAUUAUACAAGGAAAAUGCAGAAUAUGUUAAAUGAUAGACUGAAUAUGGAUUUCUGGAUUAUGUUACGGUUAUAUAUUUUGAUGCAAUAAACUUGUAUUGGUAAUCACUUGUAAUACACAUUUCCAGUAAUAUCAUGAUAUAGAUAUGGAUAAUAGUGUGGGAGUGUGUAACCCUGAAUAUGGAUGUUAAAACUCUUUUUGAGAAAGUUCCCACGAAAUACAUACACAUAUUUACAUCCUUUUCAGUCUUUUUCUUUUUGUUUUUUGUAAAAUUGUUGACUACUGUCUAACAUUUUUUUAUUAAUCAGUGAAUAGAACAUACAUACUACUUGAAUGCAAGAGAUUAGUGCAUAAUUUAGGUGAAUGUUAUUGAACUUCAUAUUACACUUAUAAAGCAUCAGUUUAUGUGGAUAGGGGAGGUUAUAUGUAAAAUUAAAUUCUUUUUAAUUUAAUGAAUUUCAGUGAUUUAUUUUCUUCUAGAUAUUAGGAAGUGUAUUAAGGUUGAGUGUGAAGGGCAUAUUAUGUUUACAUUUACUAAAUGUCUCAAUGUUAUUGAAAAUGCAUGUUUUUUAUGUCUAGAAACUGAAGUAUUGAACCUUAUUGUAACUCAGUCAUCAUAGAGUGUGGGUCAGGUGUCUAGGAAUUAAAUGGAAAUGGAUUGGUGGUAUAACAAUAUAUUGAAGAGAUACAGGAAUUGAUCAUACAAAUUAUGUCUGUAUUGAAUUUGA